AUGGCUUUUUGGCCUGCUUCUGUGCUGUGCUAUGACUCGAAGGCGCUCCAGCUCCAUGCGGCACACGGGCUGUUGCGAGGGGCUCCUAGUAUUCACAAGGCAUUUCUUAAUUUGACUCAUGGAGCAACUGACAAUGAAGAACAAUUUCUUACAUCUGAACAGGUCAGCAAUAUUCCAGCUUUAAGGGUGAAUCCAUUUCGGGACCAAAUCUGUAAGGUGUUUAGUACAAAUAAAAAUGGAUUAUUUUCAUUUGAAGACUUCCUGGAAAUGUUCUCAGCCUUUAGUGCAAAUGCAUCACUUGCUGUAAAAAUUGACUACGCGUUUCAAAUCUUUGAUUUAAAUGGAAAUAACUACAUUGAUCAAGAAGACAUACGAAACGUCAUACUUCGUUUGACUAACGGGUUGAUGGAUGAACCAAACAUAGUAGACUUGACUCAGAAUAUCUUAGAUGAAGGAGAUUUAAAUAAUGAUGACAUGUUAUCAUUUGUAGAGUUUGAAAGUAUGAUUGGUAGAUCACCUGAUUUUCAAAAAAGGUGCCCUACACCCACCAGUCUAUCAAUGGGCAAUACCAUAGAGAAGAGGGAGCUGGCCAUCAGUUUGGCUAGCCGCACGAAGUCCACAGCCAAAAGCAGCACUGUGCUCAUUGAAGAUGAUGAUAUACUUAUGUGUGCAUAG